UGCAUUGCAUUGAUGUUGGUACAUAACGAUUCGGUUUUGGGGUAACAACGGAGCAAGGAAAAAGAAAAACCAAGAAAAUUGGAUAGAAAGCAUAAAGAAAGUACGUGAUGGCCCACGCGCUUUGCUUCUCUCUCCUUUAUAUAUAUAUAUAUAUAAGCCAAACCCCAUUAGGCAUUAGCUCUACAAAUUUUUUUACACAUACAAAAAAGUUGUCUUUCAUUUUAAAGAAGUCAUAAUUAUUUGCAGUUUUGCGUGCAAAUCGUCAUAUAAUCAUUCAUAUAUGGCAUUGCAAGAAUUAAAGGCCGAUUUAGACCUUGAGUCUCAGCAAAGCAGAGCUACUCAUGCGUUGCUAGUAACCGGUAUAACUACUACUAGUUACGACGUCAUCCCGGCAAGAAAGGUUGCGUGGUGGCGCGUGCUUUACGCGAUCGUUCGUGAGAAAAAAUUCUUCCUUUUACUAAAGCAAAACGGAAACCAACGACUACUUCUCACUCAACCACUUGCUCCUCCUUACUUUCCUCUUCUCAAUAAUACCGACGCUCGUGCUAUUGAAGAAUCAGAAGCAGUACCGAGGGAAUCAAUAAGCGUCGCAGAUGUUCCACCUGCAUUACUUAAUGAUCGUGAUCAUCAUCCUCAAAUCCAGGUGGAUAUUCACGAGGUGGAGACCAACAGUACUAGUACUAAUAGCACGGCUGCCAGUGUUGUUAAUACUACUACUGAUGCAAAAAGCCAACAAUUUGCUAACAUCGUCGAAAUAGUGAAUACCGCGAACUCGGAUUCCUUGACCCAAUUCGGAGGCGUCAAAGGAAUCGCUGAGGCUUUCAAUACUGAUUUGGAGGCUGGAAUCUCUGGCGACCAAAUUGAUCUAAGUUGGCGAAAGGCACAGAGUAAUUCAGAUCUCCCCAGUACAGGGCAGGCAACUGAAGCUCAGCCUUCUUCAGACUUCUUCAGAAUCCUUUCAAAACACUGCAAUGAUGCCGCUAUUAUGUUUCUUAUCAUAGCUGCGGUGUUGUCGAUUGGAUUUGGAAUAAAGAAAGAUGGCGCCGAGAACGGUUGGUACGAGGGGUUUUUCAUAAUGGUUGGCGUUAUUAUACUCGUAGUUGCACCUACAUUGCGUGAAAUCUGGCUACUUACACGUUCGCGAAGGGAUCCAUUACAUUUGGAGCAGAAUUCAGUCUCCCAACUCGUCCAAGGUGAUGUCCUUUUGUUGGAAACCGGGUGUCUAGUCCCUGCCGAUGGUUUAUUCAUUAGAGGUGAAUCUCUAGUGGUGCAUGACGGGUUGAAUUCGACCGUUGAUGACAAAUAUCCAUUUCUAUUUCAUGGUUCUACCGUGACUCAUGGAAGUGGACGUAUGCUAGUUACGACUGUGGGUGCAGACACCAAAUUUAGCAAGCUCAUGAGUUCUGCAGCCGCUACCGCUCAAACCCCGAACAGGAUCAUCCGGUUCCCUGCUCAACUUGACAGGUUGAGUAAGGUUACGCACAUGGUCGGGCUCAUAAUCUCUAUCAUCAUUCUUGUAGUCCCUUUUGUUCGUUUUAUGGUUGACAACAAUUUUGAUUCUGACACUGAUCUUCCAAAGUUCAAGGGGAAUCCACCUACGGGCGAUGAAAUCAUGGAUGUUGUAGAGAGAAUUGUCAUGAAACCAAGAGGAUAUUUGGGAACAAAUUUAGUAACUUUACUAACUGUUGUAAUGGUGGGACUUGUGGAAGGAGUACCGUUUAUCAUUACAAUUACCACCAUUUUAUGGAGAAAGAAGAUGUUGUCUGAAAUAGCUUCAGAUCCAGGACUGCUGGGUUCUGUGAUAAUGGGAUCAGCAACAGUCAUUUGCACUGAUAAAACUCCAUUGAACCCAACUGAUGUUUCCAUGUGCUUCAUUGGUGGUAUUGAUGAAGCCAUCAAUCUUGCUGAGAUGCCAAAACUCAUUCGUGAAGCUCUUGGUAAUGGUAUCAGCGCGCCACUUGUGAUGCCAUCAAGUGCUCGUAAGGAAGAGGACCCGCUUCUUCCAUGGGCUAACUCAAACUUGGGGAUAAAGCUCGACACUUUGUGGCGACGUUGUACAGUCAUGAAGAUCAAGGGAUUAAUCUCAAAUGAAGAAGGAAGUGCAGUUUUAAUGAAGAAGAAGAAGAACGCCAAGAUAGAGAAUAUGUCUUUGCAUUUUAAAGGCCCUGCAUCAACAAUACUAGGAAAGUGCUCGAGCUACUACGACAAGAAUGGAAAGGAAGAAAAAUUGGAUGGUACCAAACUAGAUAUUUUUAAGAAGAAUAUUGAGAAGAUGCGGUCCCAAGAUCUAAAACCGGUUGCUUUUGCUUGCAAGCAGGUUGAUGCAACAGUUGUGGAAAACGAUGACUUGAUGGACGAAGAUGGCUUAAUCUUAAUAGCAAUGGUUGGUCUCAAGGAGUACACCUGCUGCGCAAAAAUAAAGGAGACAUUGGAAAAUUUUAAAGCAGCCCAAGUGAAGUUCAUAUUAAUCUCAGAAGAUGACAAGUCAGAGCUUAAGAAGAUAGCUACUGCUUGUGAAUUUCUUCCCCCGGAUGGACUGGUAAUUACAGGUGAAGAUUUUCGAGGCUACAAUGAGCAAGAGAGGAUGGAGAAAGCAGAUAAAAUCUGUGUAAUGGGUAACUCUCUUCCGUCUGACAGAAUACUUCUAAUGGAGUGCUUGAAAAGGAAAGGAGACGUUGUCAUAGCACUUGGAAGUAGAAUAGAAGACAUUCCCAUGCAAAGCCAAGCUAAUCUCUGUGUUACAAUGGGGACAAGCAGCAGCAAAAUGAUAAGAGAGAUCUUUAACCUGGAAGUUUUCGAUGGGAGCUUGAGUUCCUUGCUGACUGUUACAAGGUGCGGAAGAUGUACUUAUCACAACAUUCAAAAGUACAUUCAGCUAGAUCUUGUCACCAACAUCGCAGGAACAUUGAUAGCAUCCAUCACCACAAUGUGGUUGGGAUCAAACUCUAUUACCGGCAUUCAACUGAUCUGGACUAAUUUGGUCACAACUUUCGUAAUAGGGCCUGCUCUACUGAUGGAACUACCCAAUGAUGAGCUGAUGCACAAGCCUCCAAUCAGACCAAAUGAGCCUCUCAUUUCAAAAGCAAUGUGGAGAAAUAUAAUCAUUCAGGCUUUAUAUCAGACUACCAUCUUGGUCACAUUUCAAUUCAAAGGGCAUUAUCUACUGCACUUCUUGAGGAUUCAUAAGCGGCAGAAGCAUGUCAGUAAGCCCAUGAUUUUCAACAGUUUCGUUCUCUGCCAAAUUUUCAACCAGGUGAAUUCAAGAGAGCUAGAGAAGAUAAACGUGUGGAAGGGGAUUCAUCGAAAUCCUUGGUUUUCUUUGGCUAUGGUGUUCGUACUGGGACUACAGGCGAGUUUCAUUGAGGUGGCCCAUGUCCUGGUUGGGGAUGAGAGUUUGAAUUUGGCUCAAUGGGUUGUCUGUCUCAUUGUAGGGAUUGUUUCGUGUCCAGUAGAUGCAGCUGCAAAGUGCACAUGGAACCUCACCAAGAAGCUACUUAACAGGUUUCAUGACUCUGCUUCCUCAGACUCGGUUUCUAAUCUAGAGUUUCCAUUGAUGAGUACUGAAAAUUCUACUUCAGAAUCAGAACCAUCUUAAUUAAUUAUAGACUCUUUUGCUUUUUUUUUUUUUUUUAAUCUUUUUGACUCUUGACAGAAUAACUAUUUUUACUACUUGAAAUACUUUUAGCAAAUUUAUGCUCAACCUA